CGCUGGGAGGUUCGGCGCGUGGUGUAUUCCGCGUGUGGCCGGAUCCCAUCCCCGCGCCGCGGCUCGCGCCAUGAGGCCAGGGUUUAGUCCCCGUGGAGGAGGCCGCGGCGGCGGUGGGGACCGCGGAGGCUUCGGGGACCGUGGAGGCCGCGGAGGCUUCGGGGACCGCGGAGGCCGCGGAGGCUUCGGGGACCGCGGGGGCUUCAGGGGCCGCGGAGGCCGCGGAGGCUUCAGCAGUCGCGGAGGCCGCGGGGGCUUCGGAGAUCGAGGUGGUCGAGGAGGAGGAGGCUUCCGGGGAGGCCGAGGUGGUGGCUUCCAGUCCCCCGGUGGUAGAGGCCGGGGGACCCCCCGGGGCCGAGGUCGGGGGGGCCGUGGAGGCUUUCAGGGUGGCAAGAAAGUGACUGUGGAGCCACAUCGCCACGAAGGAGUCUUCAUCUGUCGGGGAAAGGAAGAUGCCCUGGUCACCAAGAACAUGGUCCCAGGGGAGUCUGUAUAUGGGGAGAAGAGGAUCUCUGUGGAGGAUGGGGAAGUCAAGCUGGAAUACCGGGCCUGGAACCCCUUCCGCUCCAAACUGGCUGCUGCCAUCCUGGGGGGUAUCGACCAGAUCCACAUCAAGCCCGGGGCCAAGGUGCUGUACCUAGGGGCGGCCUCAGGCACCACAGUCUCCCACGUCUCGGACAUCGUGGGGCCGGACGGGCUGGUGUACGCAGUCGAGUUCUCCCACCGCUCCGGCCGGGACCUCAUCAAUGUGGCGAAGAAACGGACUAACAUCAUCCCCGUCAUCGAGGAUGCACGGCAUCCCCACAAGUACCGCAUGCUCAUCGGAAUGGUGGAUGUGAUCUUCGCUGAUGUGGCCCAGCCGGACCAGUCCCGCAUCGUGGCCCUGAAUGCCCACAACUUCCUGCGCAAUGGUGGUCACUUUGUCAUUUCCAUCAAGGCCAACUGCAUCGACUCCACCGCGGCCCCCGAAGCCGUGUUCGCCUCAGAGGUCAAGAAGAUGCAGCAGGAGAACAUGAAGCCUCAGGAGCAGCUCACCCUAGAGCCCUACGAGAGGGAUCAUGCUGUGGUGGUGGGCAUUUAUCGGCCGCCCCCCAAACAGAAGUAGCUGGACAGGACUGACCACGGGCCCCCCAGCCCCGCCUUCCGCCGUUCUCCACCUGCCUCAGGGAGGGGAGGGGGUGCGCCCGACGAGGCGCCCCCUCCGCCAUCCCCAGGACUGAUUCUUUGUCGAUCUUUGUACAUCGUGUAGAGCCACACCGAACCGUCUAUUUUCUAUUAAAAGCCAAAAGCAGCA